AUGUCGGGCGAAGCGCUCCUGUCUAGGAUCCCGGCCGUCCUGCAGAACCUGACCUGGCUCGACUUCGACCCGGCGCGCAACUGCACGUGGGCGGGCCGGCUGCUGGGCCAGUUCUGGCGCGACGACGGGAUUGAAGAGCUGUCAGCCGGAUACCUGUUCCUGUUCGCGCGCACGUGCGCGCCGCCCGCCGCCGCCGGGCUGCCUGGCGUCACGCCCGGCGACGUGGUCGACUGGGACGCCUACAACUUGCUGUACCGCAACGUGUCGCUCGUUGACAUUACGAUCGAGGUGGAUGGCGCGUGCCAUGCAGAUUUCUGCAGGAAUCUCAAGUGGCCUGGUAAUCCGGAUUUGUCGGGUGUUGGGGUCUUCGCCGCGUACGUGAUCCAGGCCAUCUUCACGACCCUGUUUAUGCUCGUGUACAUCGUCCUCGCCGUGUCCGAGUGGCACCGCCGCCAGACAGACCGAAAGCGCGCUUUCGCCGCCGUGGGCAGCAAUUCCAUCCCCUUCCACGGCCCGGCACCCGCCCAGCUGCCACUAUCACCACCGCAGCCAUACCACCCCACCCGGCUCGACCGGUGCGUCGCGGCGUUCUGGGUGUCGUCGUUCUACUUCGGCGUGGCCAUGGCCGUGGCGGCGCUGGCCAUCGUGCACCUCGAGGACGGGUACGAGUACACGACCUUCUUCUCGUUCCUGGGCGCGCAGUUCUCGGCGUCGGUGCUCGUGGUGCUGUGGCCGUGGUACCGGCGCAGCUGCACGCACCCGCAUCUGGCGCUGGCGAGCCUGUCGGUGCUAGCGGUGCUGCUGCUAGUCAUCAGCAGCACGUACCGCGCGCAGUUCGUGCAGCGGUGGAACACGUUCGAGCUGUUCUGCUUCGUCUCCGUCUCGUCCCACGCCGCCGUCUACUACCUGCUCUUCUUCCCGCUCGGCGCCGUGCCCGGCGGCUUCGCCAUGGUCGUCGCCAUGUGGGCCCUGCGCGCCCACUACCCGGUCCGCUACGAGAGCAUGCGCCCCGUGCUGAGCGUCGCCCGCUGGUCCAUCAGCCUGGUGGCGUUCGGCCUGCUCUGGGCCUCGCUCGGCCUGCUUGCCAUGUUCCGCGUCGAGAUGGAUGAGCUGCUCGAGGCCGACUUUGCCGAGAACAAGUGGGGCUUUGGCCAGAUCUUGGCCAUUGUCGCGUGGGUGCCCAUGCACGUCGAGUUCUUUCGCAUUUGGGCCUGGGACUGGAUCAAGGCCCACAGUGUCUUCAAGGCGCGCCAGGCCCUGCAUCUCAAGAGAACCGUCCCGUCCAGCGGACAGCCAGUCCUCGGGCUCGAGAUGAACGGGCCCGGCACAAAGGCCGACCCGCAGACGCAUGUCACCACAACGCCAAUCUCUCCCUUGUCAGGCCCGACGAGAACGACAACGCUGGUCAGUCCCAUAAUUAGGCCCUAA